AUGGCGAAAGCCCAAGAUUAUGUAGAAAACAAUUUUCCUAAAGACAGCAAAGUAAUAAAUGCUGCCAAUAAGAAUUUAGUUGGUUCAUUAGAUUUAAGAAAAUAUUCAAACUUAGAAGAAUUAAAUAUUAGGGAAAAUCAAAUAACUAAUUUAAUUUUUUCUGAUAAUAAUACAAACAUCACUAAAAUUAAAGCUUUUAACAAUCAAUUAACUAACUUAAACUUCUUGAAAAGUUUGCCUAAUCCUGAAAAAAUCAAAUGGUUGGGCCUUUUUAAAAAUCAAAUAACCUCUUAUAAUUUGGAAGUCUUGGCUCCUUUCAUUAAUUGUGAAAUGUUAAGUAUUGGAAAAAAUAACAUUAGUGGAAAUUUAAAUCAAUUUAAUAAUAAUACUUGGAGAGGUCCAAGGAAUGAUUUUCGAAAACUUUCUGACAAAAAAGUUUGUGAAACAAUCAAUAGUUUAUGGCAGCAGUUAGAAAAGUUAAAGCAGCAAAAUCAAGAAACGUUAAAGCAGAAAAAUCAAGAAUUAGUUAAAAUUAGAAAGGUAAAGCAGCAAAAUCAAGAAAAGUUAAAGCAGCAAAAUCAAGGAUUAGAAAAGCAAAAUCAAGAAUUAGAAAAGCAAAACCAAGAAUUAGAAAAGUUAAAGCAGCAAAAUCAAGAAUUAGAAAAGUUAAAGCAGCAAAAUCAAGAAUUAGAAAAGCAAAAUCAAGAAUUAGAAAAGCAAAAUCAAGAAUUAGAAAAGUUAAAGAAGCAAAUUCAAGAAUUAGAAAAGCAUCAAAAUCAAGAAUUAGAAAAGCAGCGAAAUCAAGAAUUAGAAAAGUUAAAGCAGCAACUUGAAGAGUUUUCUAACCUACUUUUUCCCAGCCAAUCUUAUAAUUUUACUCAGAUUAAGCAAGAAAUUGUUCGUCUUAAAUGCCAAGAAUUAGCAUCACAAGUUAGGAAAAAAGAAGAACAAUUAGAGCAACUAGUCAACGAUGCUAAAACUAAAACGGAUCAUCUGGGAAAUAUAGUCGACCUACUCCUGGAAACUCAAAGGCAAAUUACAAAAACUAUACCAGAAAGCGAUGAAUAUUUGAAGGGACAAUUAGAUGCCUAUCAAAAUGUUUUAGAAAACAAUAUUACCAAGGAAGAAUUACAUAAUCUUCUUAAUAAGCAAAUAGAACUUGUUCAAUUAGAGAAUCUUCUAGCUAGUUUACAAAUUAAUAACCCUCAAUAG